AGGGCAGCCGCCGUCAGUAAGUUCAGUCGCGCUCAAAGACGUAUUGCUCACGGGACCAUUAUCCCAGUUCUAAACUUCCAGUUAGUUAAAAUGCAUUAUAAAAUUAUUUUCUUAAGUUAUUUACUAUUGGAGGUUGUAGUCUGUAAAACUACAUAUGACCAGAGUCAGACUGGAGACUUGAACGUUCAAGUCGAUUUGAAGGACGUGCAAAUUAUUGCCCUUCUAAAUGGCGGUAAGGAGGAGUAUGAGGAUAUUGAAUAUGCGUACGACUAUUCGGAAAUGACUAUUAGACCACAGAACGGCACAACACCAAAACCGAUGAAUGUAACCACCGAACCCGACAUAAUAAAAGAUAAUGUGACUAUUGCAACAACGAUAUACACUGAAACGACUACGGAACGGUUAAACAGUACCAUGGAUGGUAUUGAAACAGCAAUAACCACGCAGACUCCAGUAACUAUAGAAUCCAAUGUUACAGUUAUAAGCGCAGUGGAGGCGACUACAAAAACGACGUAUUCCUCUGAAGUAAACGUGACACCAAUAUCAACUACUUCGAAUAGCACUAAUUGCAAAAAAGGCUUCGUGUUGAAUCAUAAAGGAGGUUGUGAAUUCAAAUUGCAAGGCACAUCAAAUGCAUUGCUCAAAAUUGUAAAGCUAUCUCAGAAGUUGAAGCUUAGAAGAGAACACAGGAGGACUACGAAUGAAACAUUUUGAUCUUGGUGUAUCAACACCAGAGGUCUAAUUAUGUAAGAUUGUUACUAAAAAUUAUUCUAUCAGAUUAGAACCUACUAUUUCGUAAUUACGUACAAACAAUUUUUCAGUUGCAAAUGCCGGCUGUAAUAGCUUGCACCUGUAGAUAUGUAUUAAAUGGUUCAUAGGAAAUUGUAAAUCUAUUGAUUUUAAUGUGUAACAGCGUUACAUAAUUAAGCCCCAUUAAAGCUUACCAUUGUAUUCGUAAUGUAGAUAUUGUAUUAAUCUAGGUAUAUUAAUUAUAAUUUAAUAGUAUUAAUUAUAGUUUUAGGUUAUUAUCUUUAAAUAGAAACUGUAAGACUGUACCUAUUGUAUAAUUUCAUAAGUAAAUGUCAGAUUUAUUUUAUCGGAUACUUGUUUUAAUAACA